ACGGAAGAGUACUUUUUAAUCGCAAAUGUUGCUGGCUAUGCAAUUAGUUGCUUUAAACCGUGCAUAUAGGUUGUAAAGAUUACACCUGAUAGACAAAUAUCGUGCAUAACUCAGGACAGUAUUCUGUGAUUUAUAAGUUUUAAAAAACACUUCCUUUUGUAAGUUAAACCUCGAAAAGGAAAAUUAUUUACAGUUCAGUUUACUAGCCAAACGGAUGUUUAAAUAGUCGGCUUUAAAACUAUGGCUUCCAAGUCGGAAAAUAAACGAGUUGUUGUUGUAGCGGUGGAUGACAGUAAUCAUGCAGCAGACGCCUUUCAAUACUAUGUCGACCGUAUAAAAAGAGACAACGAUAAAGUUUGCCUGGUGCAUGUUCCGGAAAUGUUAGACUUACAAUUUGCAAGUCCCGCAACGGCUGAUAAGAUAUUAGAAGAAGUGAAAGAGAAAGUAACUGCACUUGAAGCAAAAUACGAAGACAAGAUGAAGGAAAAUGGAUGUUCGGGGAAAUUUCGGACAAGUACAGGAAAACCUGGAGAAGUUAUAUGCAAACUGGCACAUGAAGAAAAAGCCGAUCUUGUCGUAAUUGGCACGCGCGGUCUCGGAAAAGUCCGCAGAACUUUGCUCGGCUCCGUAAGCGACUUCGUUGUUCAUCAUUCUCACGUGCCAGUUCUAGUAUGCAGACAAGAAGAUGUUUCUAAACACCAGCAGAAAAAGGCGUGAACAUGUUGAUUGAUGAUGUUAUUGAUAUAUAUUUUAGUGUCCAAGUGUUAGUAGUUAUCCAUUAAAUUCUAUUUUUAUAGCAUGCACAAGGCUUUUAUCAAAUAAAAGAAAUUAAAUAAGCCAAA